GUCGACUGUUUGGUUCCACAUGUCCUUACAAAAAUCUUUUGUGCUCAAGAUAAUACCCAUACAGGUUUAGAAGGACAUGAGGUGUUUUGACCCCCUCCCCUCAGAAGGCGUGGUUCUUCAUGAAUGUCAGUGUUUGUAGGUAAGCGGACAGACUUGAUCCGCACCGCUAUCCGCAUUCUCCCCGGUUUAGGUUUAACAGCAACGUGAGCCAUGUCUUUCUUCUUUAAAGGAGUGGUUACAAGUUCUCCGGUGAAGACCAGGAGGCAGGAGGCUGAAUAUAUUUGUCACAGUCUUGACGUUUCCCACAUCUCUGACUCCUCCUUCGAGUGUUUCUCCACCAAUCCGCUGACAGGCUCUGUGUGUGUGUGCCGCCGAAGUCCCCGCCUACUAGCCAGUGGUUAUUAUGUUCUGACAGAGGACAGUUUUACCACAGAUGACGAGGGUAACGUCACCCUGACUCCCUCACACACCAGCGUCUCAUACAAAGAGAAUCUUGUCCGCAUAUUCAGACGAAAGCAUAGGGCAAGAAAAUCACCAGCAAGUCUUCUUAAUGAUGUAAACCAGCCAUGCCACUCCUGGCUGGAAGAAGGUGUAUUUAGAAGAUCUGACCCCAUUGUUCCCCUCCGGUCAUCACCAUGGGAAGAACUGGACAACAGUUAUGAGACAAACACAUCCGUCAGCUUCACCUAUGUUCCCACAGAUCUUGUUUCCUCCCCUGAUAAAAUGCCUCCUCAGACUCAGCUAGAAGAGGAGGAGCCUCCAUGUGAGUCUUGCUCCGCCCAUGAACAAUCAAACCAAUCAGUAAGCGGCCUCCUGGAUGUUCCUCCCCCAUCCAUGUGUCAUCUCAAUAGUUAUAGCUCAUCCAGCAAGACAUCAGAAACUGUGCUCUUGAAAGUCCUUCUCCUCAUCCUAACUUUGUGCCUCUGCAUUGCCAUCUCCUCCGGGUGGCUGCUGGGAGGUGUUUCUGCAGCAGUGGCGUUCAUGGUUCUGCUUUCAUCUAUAUGUAUGUCUAAACCUGGAGCUGCAGUGCGCUGGAGCAGAGCAAAGACUGAGGACAUCACCUCCAGAAACGAGUGAGGAGGAACCACACACACAUAAACACAUCUGUGUGAAGUCUGUCCUGAGUGUGUGGACACGCAUCCUGCAUCAGCGUUAAAAAUUUGUUAUAGAUGAGUUUUUGUGGUGGUGUUUGCACUGAUCAGCUAAAGAGUUCUGAAUAUAAUAAUUACUGAAGAGUGACAGAACCGGUGAUGGCAGAUGACUGUCACAGGAAAUGUUACAUGCUAAGAUUAGCAUGCAUUUUUAAAUAGAUGGACAUAUCAAUGAAAAAUGAUCAUUCUUUACAUUUUUAAGAAUUUGAUCAGUUUUCCUAAAUGAAAGAUUGCAUUGUGAGGGAGUCUUUGAGUCAGUGGAGAGGCCCUGCAUGACAGAGCAAAGAAGUCAAAUGUGCCAGUGGUGUUUGUAAAUGCAUCAGCUUGGCUUGGUUAGGCUCUUCAACAUGGUGACAUCAGGGCAUUAUGUGUUAUUGCCCAGCUUGUCUAGUCAGAUUAUCAGAUUCUAAAAAAUAUUUACUGCAAAACCUAGUUUAAUAUAAUAUUAUAAUGAUUUAGCAAGAAAUCUUUAACUUUUGAGAAAUUGUAGCAAAAGAAGUGCCAAUUUAGCUUUGCAGAGAUGCCUCAUAUUUGUCAAGUGCCUUUGUUAUAUGAAACAGGAGGAGUGUUAUUGGCAUUUUCCAGGGUUAAAGUCACAUAUCCGUGCUGUGUGAUUUAAGAGGGCUGCUGAAAUUUUAAGCACAAAGUGCUGCUUAUUUCACAGGGACUUAAGACAAUUAAACCCUGUUUGCAGGGAAUUAGUGCUGCCAAAGAAGAACAUGUUCUCAGUUUACUCUAUAAUAAGUGUAUAAUUUUGUCACGUUCACACAAGGCAACUGCUCUCACAGAAAGUUAAACUGAGUAAACUGUGAGUAGGAAGCAAUGUCUGUCACAACGUGACCAAAAUGCAUUAAGUGCAACUGAACUUGUAUCCUCUGAAGGGAAUGGCUAAUUUCUGAUAUUUUUAUUAGGAUGAUGAAAAGUUAUUUUUUUAUUACAAAGAGUCACAUGUUUUAGGACACGGUGGAGUUUUUUAAAGGCAGCUUGGUUUUGAAGAGUAAAGACAUUCAUGAGGAAACAAAAGCAAAGCAAGGAUAAAAUGAAGUGUUUAAAGUAGGAGUAUUUCAAUUUUAGAGGUCUAAGCUUAAAAAUCUGAAAGCAAACAUGUUUGAGACCAAGCCAAGGUAAAUAAGUGAAUUAUUCAAAAUGCAUUUAUCUUAGACAAUAGAUAUCUAAUGUGUUUAUAUGAAGUGUAUUGUCUUCGGUGUUUAUUGUAGAUGUGUUUGUAGUGUCCAUGAGCAAUGAAACAAGAAUGAAUAUUGCUCUAUAAAAAGUAAAUAUUUAUUGUAAAGUGUUCUGUAGAAAAGGUAUCAUUAUGUGGGGCCAAUCACAGAAAGUUGAAAGGUAAGCUGAAAGGAUUUAAGCUGUUUCUCAGCAAAACCGUACAUUAUUUACAUUAUACAAUAUAAUAUUAAAGGGCUGACGACGCCACCUAUGGGCAAAAAGUUAAAAGUAAUUCUAUUUACUGACAUUAAAGAGCUUGUCCUUAAAUCCUUAUCCUUAUCCUUAUGUCCAAUCAGAUUUACAAAACAUUUACAUAGUGUUUUUGUUGCCGUGCCAGGUCCUGUAAUUGCUGCUUGCAGCUAUAUUUAUAAUAAUAAUUAUUGUUAAUACAACAAUCAGUUAGAUGAGGGAUAUAAGCAAUUAGUCCAUUAUAUCCCAUUAGAAAUGGGAUAAGAAAAAUGUUGAAAAAAAUACAGAAAAGAAAAAAAUAUGUUUUUAUUUAUUACUGUUUUUCAAAUUAUAUAACUAAUAAGUUACUGGGUACAGAGUUAAAAGGCAAGAUGAUUCCAAUACGACUGUUUUAAACGAUUGACAUAUUAUGAUUGGAUGUAAUUUAAAUGCAAAAGCAUGUUGUACAAUUAAGAUGGAACUGCAAAAAGCACAUCUCCAGCUUGCACUAAACAGGACUCAUAAUGUGUUCACUGAUCAGUAAUCUGUUGAAGAAUUCAGCGAGGCAAAUUAUUAUAGAUGACUGCGUAAACCUGUAACUGCAUUUAACAAUCUGUGUCACAAGAGAGCUAAAGAUUUACAAUAAAUAGUAAAAACUUUAGUUAUUAUGUUUUAUUCCACUGCAUGUGAAAGAAAAAUGUGAAAUUUAUGUGGUUCAUGUAUACACUGUAAAAUAUAAUUUUAAAAGUAAAUGCAUUUAUGUAAUUUGCACAAACAUAAUUUGCCAUGUUAGAAAGUAUUAAAGGAGUGAUAGGCCUUAAAACAGAUGUGUUUUAUAAGGUUGAUAGUUUUACAGUGUAUUUUGAAAAAACCCUGUAUUGUCCAUUUUCAAUAAUAAAGCUUUAUAUAUAAAUAUAA